GCUUAUAAUACAGUAGUGCUUGGACACGCUCGGUUGUGGUCGUUCAAAUUGACUAAAAUGCGUAAUCUUUUUUUAUUAAUAUGCUUGUAUGCUUUUGGCGAACUCGGAAAUUCAAAUUCAGUUCCAUUUAUAACAAAAUGUAAUUUGAGCGAUUCAAAAUGUUUGAAGAAGUCUACACAAGCCGCUAUCCCAAUAUUUGCAAGUGGCCUACCAGACCUGGGUAUCGAACCAUUGGAACCAGUCCUCCUGAAGAAAGUGGAUGCUUCGACCCCAAAUUUAAACCUUGUUGCCAGUAAUCUUCUUAUUACAGGACUAAAGAAUUGUAUAGCUAAGAAAUUAUUUAUCAACGAUGCUAAACCAAGAAAGUUCUUAUUUAAAUUUGAAUGCACGGCUGAUUUAAAGGGAAAUUAUGAGAUGAAGGGACAAAUACUUAUUCUUCCAAUCGAAGGCAAAGGCAAAGUUCAUUCGGCUAUCAGAAAGAUUGUUAUUACCAUUAACGGCGAAUUUCAUGACAUAACUGGCAAAGAUGGUGAAACAUAUUUGGAGAUAAGAAAUUGGAGUCAUACCUUUGACCUCAAAGAUAAAUGUGAUCUAGUUUUCGAGAACCUUUUCAACGGAAAUGAAGUAUUAGGUCGUGCUGCCCAAGAUGUUAUCAACUCAAGUGCCAACGAUGUCAUCUUUGAAAUUGGCCCUCCCAUUAUAACCGCAGUUGUAACAAAAGUAGUUGAUAGUAUACAAACAUUCUUCCAUGCCGUGCCAUUCAAAGACCUAGUUCUUUAAACUUAUUUUUAAAUCAAAAAUAUUUCUAAUUUUCCUAAAAAUUCCAUAAAAUGUUUUUCAAAGUUCCAUUCUUAAUAUCACUUGGAAGUGAUCGCUGAACUGUUAAGUGAUAACAUCUUAGUUCAUUUGAAACGUCUACCAGAAAUCCGUUUAGAAAGUUUUCCUGACUAUUACCAGGUUCGGUAUCGGCGUAGUAUUUAAGUUUUUUUACCUACUAUUAAAGUGCUCAAUUUUA